AUGGCCGACGUUAGACAAGCCGGCGUCUAUCUUCAGGACAUGGCCGCGAAGCCUCCAUCGAGCGUCACGACCGAGGAACUCCUAGAUCUUGCGAAGGUUUGCUUGUGCAGAGACCAUCACAUGAACCGGUCCCAAAUGGAGAGAGCGGUACGUGAAUGGGUACCGAUCAUUGAACGGGCGAAGGCCGCAUACGCUUGGGCUCCAGCACCGGUUCGGCCAACGCCUGCUCCUGUCAAAGCCCCAGUCCCUACGUUCAACACAAGGAGUUGGCAGGCCACCAACUGGCAGGCGACGUUGGCGUCGCAAGCUGCUGGCUUCGGGGUUGCAAAUAUCAGUACCCAGAGCUCGCAGUCGACAACCAAUGGCGCUCAGCAGCAACACGCCGACGCCCCUCCUGGCUUCACUGCAAGGAACACAGCGCCCGUUAAAACCCCUGAACAAGAGUUGGCCGCCGUGCAGGAACAGCUUGCCACUCUUCGGCUCGAGAACACCGAGCUCCGCGAGAAGGAACGCCGUCUGGAGUCUCUGGUUGUGGAGAAUUCGGCGGCCAAACUGCGCAAAGAGAUAGAGCGGGCGGCGACUCAAAAGGAACUGUCCACUCUACAAGACGAGAACCGCCGCCUGCUUCAGGAGCAGCAGCGCCUCGCAAAGCUCGACUCGGAGUACUCGGCAUUUCGGAAACGCACCGAGGCCGAGCUCGCCGCCACGCAGGAACGGGUCAUGGAGCUCCAAUCCCAGAGCGAAACCCUCGUCUCGAGCCAGCAAGAGGACCUCGAGCUCCUCAAAGCCGAGCACUCGCAGUUACUCACCCAGCUCGAGAGGGAGCUCGAAACUCUGACGGUGCCCCUGCAACCGCGAAUUCUGGGGUCGCCUGGCAGUGAAGCUUGA